AUGGCCACGCUGUAUAUAGAUGGAUCCGUGGUGUGGCUGGGGCUGAUGCUCCUUGUCUACUGGAACCUUUUUAGGGUUUACUCGGACCUCUCAGUAACACUUCUGUGGAAUCUUAUGAUUGGCGCCGUAAAAUAUGUUGUGAGGCGCGUAUUUCGUGUAAUUGAGUGGGUCUCUGGUGUCAACGUGCAGGGCACGGGCGAAUUGGCAUCCAAUUCUCUUGACAACGCGAUGGAUGCCCGUCUUUUAUGGCCGGUGCCCGCACUUGUUGUUCUCGGCUGUUUAGCCGGAACGAAGGCGACUACCGCGUGGUGCGACGCGUUUCUUCUCGUUCUUGUCAUCAUGUGCUGGUCGUCGCGGGUGGAGUGGCAGACCGCAGCGUGGCCAGACCGGGAGUGCUGGCGCUUCCGUGCCUUUACUCUUGUCUCGGGAUGCCUCGCGCUCCUUUCCGCGGCGCUUCAGUGGUCGUUUUUUGCCACAAGCCCGCGGCCGCGCGACCCCGCAAAUGAGACGGUAUACUACACGCUCAUUCUCUGGUCGGCGACGCUGUCGAUUCAAAUUCUUCAGGCCCUCAUAUUUAUUGGACUACAUUUCCUGUACUCGGUGACAGCACUGGGGAGGCGUCAGGGUGGUUUUGACCCGAUUGAAAAGACAGGCCUUUUUGUGCGAUGCGUGGGUUCAGCCGCCUCUUUCUUAGCGGCACUUAAUUACUGCUCGGAUGGGGCCACGACGUUCAUGAAGCUGGCAGUGGUUACGCAUUUCUGCUUUAUGAUGAAUGAGGUGCUUAUAUUGCACCGCUCUAACAAUCUCCUGCGGUCUUUCCCGGAAGUGAGCCUCUCGGGAUAUUGCGUUAUCUGCCUGGAGCCCAUUAAACCACGUGAAAGGGCGCGCAAGCUGCAUUGCGGACACAUCUUCCACAGCCGCUGUCUGUAUCGGUGGCUGAUGCGGUCUGAUCAAUGCCCGACCUGCCGCCAGCCCACAGACCCCAUGCGGGAUUACAUGGUAACGUCCAUUGACUUAGCAAUGGACCACCGCCAUGGAAGGGGAAGACGGAUACAGAACAUGCAGGAUAUCGGGGUACAGACGACAUUUGAAAUUGAAUACGUUUCACGACCCUCAACGUUUCACGGCUCGAUGCGCCCGCUGUUGCGUUCCACCAACCCGACACUGGAGACGAUGCCGCUUUACAGUGUUAGCAAUAGCAGCGCGCGGGCAACCGGUGGGCGAUCGACAGUAUCGGAGAAGCCGGAACGGCCGCCAUCAACACCACCACAGCCGCAUGGGAAGGUUCAGUUUGUCGAGGCGAUUGCUCCAUGUGCGGGGCCGCCCUCGGCAGCGACAGAGUUGGAUGAGUUUGCCGACAAUCCCAUAGUGUGGGUCACGGGAAGAAAUUCCAAGCGGAAACGAAGGGUAGCUGCCGCAGAGGAAAAGGCAAAGGCGUCUGCCACGGUCGUUGAGGACAGCGGGGACGAUGACGAGGAUGGUACAGCAAUGGACACCGUGCCGCACAAGAGGGUGAAACUGGAGGAAACCGAACGUGGGAGUGUUGGAUAA